UUGUUUUAAUUUUUGGAGUAAUUUUCUUUUCCAAGAAAGAGGAAGAAGAAAAGAAGGGUGGGAUAAAAUUUGGAGAAUUAGGAGAGCACAAGAAUCAGCACUUCAGCAAUAAGUACGUUUUUACCACCACCGCCAUGGACGACGCUGAAUUUGGACGCCUUCUCGAUUUCUUCCCAAUCGUCCGAUCUCGCGAUUACCGUUACGCACACAUUCACACACAAGAUGUUGACGUUUUUGAAUGUUCUCAACAGCAUAAAGAAUGGCAAGAUGCAUGGGAUGAGGGAGAUAAAAUUGAAGUGGAGAAGCAAGGACUUGAGGAACAUGGUGAAUUCUGGGAGAAGCUAAAGUUGGUCGCUGAGAGAAAGGUGGGUGCAGCAGAAGCAGAGAGAUUUUGCAAGGCAUUUCAACGAAUCCACAAGAAACUCGUCUAUGAAGAACUGAGUUUGGAUGCUGCCCAAAAAUUCCUGAACUCGGCGUGAUCUGUAGCUGGAUUCUGUGUGCUUUUUGUUGUUUUUGGUGAUAUUGCUUUCUGCUUCCUCUUCUUGUAAGGAAACUGUCUAGCGUCAAUUAGUUUCCCCCGACCGCCCUCCUUUGACUCUCAACUCAACUUUUUACGCAUGUGAUUGUAUGAACAUUGUUAAACAAUUCAUACCCGAGUUGCAUUGGACCUUCUCAAGUCACAAAAUGGAUGGGGCGCAGCUUUCUGGCACUUGAGAAACUUACCCUUGAGUUUCAGUUCCACCGAAGUAUUGAUGUUUUCCGGUCUUUUGUUUUGUUCGUUGGACACCAAGCUAUGGCGACGCUAUAGGAUUUUUCCUUUGAUUU